AUGUCAGUUGAUGCUUUUGGUGACCAUACCUCAAUUGUUGUAUUUGGUGCUUCAGGAGAUUUAGCUAAGAAGAAGACUUUCCCAGCAUUAUUUGGUUUAUAUCGGGAAGGUCAAUUACCAGCAAAUGUUAAUAUUAUUGGGUAUGCCAGAUCAAAAUUGAGUACUGAAGAAAUUAGAGAACGUAUUGUUGAUAAUUUGAAAUUGAAAAAUGACAAGGCUAAAGCUAAAGUCGAUGGGUUUUUAAAAUUGAUUAGUUAUGUUUCUGGUCCAUAUGAUCAACCAGAAGGAUUUCAAAAAUUGAAUGAAGCAAUGAAUGAAUAUGAAAGCAAAAAUCAAGUUUCUAAACCAGAAAGAUUAUUUUAUUUGGCUUUACCACCUUCAGUUUUCACUACAGUUGGUUCAAAUAUUAAAACUUAUGCUUAUCCACCAAAAGAAGGUAGAUUAAGAAUAAUUGUGGAAAAACCUUUUGGUCAUGAUUUAGAAUCUUCAAGAAAAUUACAAGAAGAUUUGGCUCCUCUUUUCACUGAAGAAGAAUUAUAUAGAAUUGAUCAUUACUUAGGUAAAGAAAUGGUGAAGAAUUUAUUAGUGUUAAGAUUUGGUAACGAAUUCUUAAAUGCUGCUUGGAAUAAUAAACAUAUUAGUUCUAUUCAAAUUUCUUUCAAAGAAGCUUUUGGUACUGAAGGUAGAGGUGGUUAUUUUGAUGAAAUUGGUAUUAUUAGAGAUGUUAUGCAAAACCAUAUUUUACAAGUUUUAACCUUACUUACUAUGGAAAGACCAACUUCUUUUGAUCCUGAAGCAAUUCGAGAUGAAAAAGUUAAAGUUUUAAAAGCUUUUAGUGAAUUAAGUAAAGACGAUGUUUUAUUAGGUCAAUAUACUAAAUCGGAAGAUGGUUCAAAACCAGGUUAUUUAGAUGACGAAACCGUUAAAAAUGAUUCUAAAUGUGUCACUUAUGCUGCAAUUGGUGUUCAAAUCCAUAAUGAAAGAUGGGAUGGUGUUCCAAUUGUUUUAAGAGCCGGUAAAGCCUUGGAUGAAUCUAAAGUUGAAAUAAGAAUUCAAUUUAAACCAGUUGCUAAAGGUAUGUUUAAAGAAAUUCAAAGAAAUGAAUUGGUUAUAAGAAUACAACCUGAUGAAGCGGUUUAUAUGAAGAUUAAUUCAAAAAUCCCUGGUAUAUCAACUGAAACUUCUUUAACUGAUUUAGAUUUAACUUACUCAAAGAGAUACUCUGAAGAUUUUUGGAUUCCUGAAGCUUAUGAAGCUUUAAUCAGAGAUUGUUAUUUGGGUAAUCAUUCUAAUUUCGUUAGAGAUGAUGAAUUGGAUGUUUCUUGGGCAUUGUUCACUCCUCUUUUGAAUUAUAUCGAAUCUGAUGAUUUCCCUAAACCUGAAGGUUAUGCUUAUGGUUCAAAAGGUCCAAAAGGUUUAAGACAAUUUUUGGAAAAACACAAUUAUGCUUUCAGUCAAGAAGGAUCUUAUCAAUGGCCUUUAACCACCCCAAAUAUCAAGGGUAAAAUUUAA